UGACUCGCCGCUGCGCGCCCGGUAACGAGCGGCCGGGACAGCGCCCAGGCGCGGGGCUGGCCGUGCCUCCCGCUCCGCUCGUUCCUCAGCCGCCGCUGCGGGCGAACCGGCCCCCGCCUGCCUCCCGGUGCCUCCCGGUGCCUCCCUCCAGCCCCCCGCUUUCCCCCGCCUGCCCCCUGCCCGUUCCCCGCCCUCCCCGGCCUGUCCCCCACCUUCCCGCCGCCUUUCCCCCGCUUGYCCCCCGCCUUUCCCCCUUCUGCUCCCGGUGCCUCCCGGUGCCCCCCGCCCGCCGCUCUCGGUGCGCGGCGCUCCCGGGGCCCUGUCCGCUCCCAGCGGGCAUGGAGCGGCUGCAGGUGGAUGCGCAGGCCCUGGAGGAGUACGCGGAGUACCGGCGAAUUGUAGGUGAUGAUGAUGGAGGAAAGCUCUUUACUCCUGAGGAAUAUGAGGAGUAHAAAAGAAAAGUAUUACCAGCUCGGCUAAAGAACAGGUUGUAUGUGAGCUGGAGAUCACCAACUGGCAUGGACUGCAAGCUUGUGGGACCAGAGACACCGUGCUUUUGCACUCACCGGUACAAACAACACAAAACAGACUAUGAGGAGCUUCCCAAAGAGCGCCCUAUCAGUGUGCCUUGCAGAGUGAAGCGCUGUCCGUGCCAGUCGUACCAGUUUGUGCCCCUGAAUGGCACCCAGCCCAUCCGCUGCCGCUGCAAGCACUUCCCCGAUCAGCACAGCGCAGCGCCCGGCUUUGCCUGUAACUCCUGUUCCAAGUGUUCAGGCUUUCAUAGCUCCUUUACCUGUGCAUGUGGUCAGCCAGCAUAYGCUCACGAAACRGUUGUGGAAACGAAAGAGGAGCGCWUAGCCCAAGGAAAGCCCGUGGGGCAGGAUGUUCCUUACGCUGCCAUGGGAGGACUGACAGGUUUUAGUUCUCUAGCAGAAGGCUACAUGAGGCUYGAUGACAGUGGAAUAGGUGCUCCUCCUGCUGAACUUUUAGAUGCCCCCAUUACUAGCAUGGAUCAUCCAUUUCUGAAAGCAUUUCAGGGCCCUUCUAGUUCUACUCAAACCAUCCCACAAAUAGCAGGUAGUUCAAGUGCCACAGGGCAAGUUUCUCAUGGAAAACAGUCAGAAGCUGAUGACAUGGCUUACUUUGAAAAACGUUAUCAAGAACGGCUUAAAAUGGAGAAAGCUGCUAAACGGAAAGAGAGGAGUCCAGCACCAUCAAAGAAGCCAUGAGAUUAAUAAAUAAAUAUUUAUUAUUUGACACAUUGUUUGUUUUUGCAUUGAGUAUUUUUCUCUAUGCCUACCUGCAUACUUGUAAUUAUUAGUUUAUUUAUUCUGUUGAUUUGUUAUUUUGCUGAAAUUAAUUUUUAAUUAUCUUGCUUUAAUAUAACUGGUUCUCUGAYUGAUAUGUUUCUAAUCUCCAGAACUGCUACACAGAUAUUUCUUUGAGAAUGGAGAACCAUAUUUAGGGAGUURCAGAACUGUUAUUUAAGGUCUGAGAGAAUAACUUGUAUUUAAAUUGUAGAUUCCAGGAGGGCAAAGAAAAUAUGUCUUAUUCUUAGACUUUUAUGAUAUAUUUUCUUUAUUUGUUGAGUCCUUUGAACUCAUCUUGUUCAUGGAUAUUACAUGGUGAGAUUUGUUUUGUUAAUAUUGACAUUUUAAUAUUUUCUUUAAACCUUUUCUUCCCUUUCUUUCCUCUUCWGUUGGUUUCAUUUUCUUGACAUAAAAUUCAGACAUACCCCAUUUCUCUCACACUUCUGUAGGCAGCGUUCUUGCCAUCAUAUAAAUAUUUUUAUAAAGUGUGACGUUCUGUACACUUGUAAAACCAUUUCCACACUUAUGAGGUACUUGAAGGGAUCUUGCUUGUAUACUUUAUCCCAGAUUUCUCUGGUGAUACCAUUCUUCCAAUUCUGUUUGUUUGUUACUGUUCAUAACAAUUCUGACACUAAAAUUCUGAAAGCCUUAAGUGGAAAUGAAGAGGUUAUUUAUAGCAUGUAAACCAAUAAUUGCAUGCUGUUGGGUACAAACUUAUUUAUCCAACAUAUUCAUAAUGUCUGAUCCAGCACAGACUGAAUCACCUCAAGGAGAUGUGCUUUUGUAUUCUUUGUUCAUAUUCACGGUUGUGGCAGCAUACGUUGUAUUGAAUGUAGUGGACAGAAAAUACAAAAUUAAGUGAC